AUGACACCCGCUGAAACAGGAUUUCUCGGGAAUUGUUUUCAAAUCGCUGUGCAGACUGUUCUUGUAUACGAUCAUGUUCUUGACAUCGGCGAUGAGAUAUCUUUCAUAUGGACUCUAGUAUCAACCACUCCAUCGUUGCUGUACCUACUGAUCCGCUACUGGGGCCACGUCGUUAUGAUAUGUUACAUGCUCUUCGAACUGCAAUGCUGGGGCAUGCUAGGGAUAGCGUUUGCUGUUCAAGUUCUGAUGAUCCUUCGUGUCUGGGCCAUGAAUAGUCGCUCGAAGGCGAUUGUUGGUUGUUUAACUAUAGUAUUCAUCGCGCAGGCGGUCGUGAUCCUGGUUACCAUCUGGUCUUCUAUAGGUCCCGGCACGGUCUACGCCAGCGUCGACCCGUCCGGAGCUGCAUGUCUAAUCGAAGGCGUCCGCAUUCGAUUUGUACCAGCAUUUGGACCUAUAUUAACUUUCGAGCUUCUCAUAUUCCUAUUCGCGGUCCGAGGCUUUGUCCGGAAUGCAUCGACUCAAAGCCAUGAUGAUGGACGCUUAUCGCUUCGGGAAGUGCUGAUCAGAGACAGUUUCAUCCUAUUCACCAUAAAUAUAUGCCUCUGUGCCAUGUCCCUGACAACAUGGCUCGUCAGUAAAAACCAUGCGAUGAACGCUUUAACGGUUCCCUUCAUCCCGCUCCUCCAAAUUACUCUGGGAACGCGACUUGUCCUUAAUAUUCGACGUCAGGAUGUCAGUAAUGCACAGUAUAGUAUGACCGACUAUGCAACUGGGAUGAUGUUCGCCGAUGCGGAGCUAGUCGACGAAUUUAGUGUACCUAGGGCAGGGACUAGUAUAGACCCGCUGAUAGAAUCAAGGGAUGUAGAGGCGAGAUAA